AUGAGCAGUGCGGACCCUGGCCAGGGCGGCAUUCGCGCUGCGCCGGCACUGACCAAGACAGCGUCCGCCUCCGAGAGCGAGAAAAAGCGUGCCAACCCGCUCGGCGAGCUCAUCACCACCGAGGUGCGCUAUGUCGCUGAGCUGAGCGUAAUCAUCCGACGCGUCGCGGGCGCGUGGAACCCGUCCAACUUUCCCCCGCCGGAACUCGACGCAAUGUUCCGCGCGAUCGAGGUCGUGUACCGCACGAACAACGAGUUCCUGCGCCAGCUACAUGAAAUCGGACCGAACCCGACGUCGCCCAAGGGGCUCGGCAAUUUGCUCAUGCAGUGGAUCGACAAGCUGCAUACACCUUAUAAGCAGUAUUGCCACACGUUCUAUACGGGCCUCGACCAGUGGCAGCCCAUUGUCCGCAACAAGGAGCUCAGCCAGAUCCUCGCCCAGGUCUCGAACGAUAUACCACGCCCGGCGCAGGGAGCCUCUUCGCCGCCAUGGACGCUCGACGCUCUGUUCGGCCUUCCGAUCGCGCGCCUGCGCUUCUACAAGAAGCUCUACUCGCGCCUCUUGCGCAGCACACAGCCGGGCCGCUCAGACCACGAUCUGCUGCGCUCCGCAAACGACAGGCUCGACGCGCUCCUCGACAUCGCCCAGCAGCGCGGCAGCGUCGGCAAUAGCGCGCCGGUGCCGGCCGUGAGCGCGGGACCGGCCGUGGCCACCGCGCCGAUCGCCAAGGCGCCGCCCGUGGCCGCGCCACCAGCGGCUACUGCCCCGUCCCCGGCCGCAAAGGACGCCGCCGCCCCAGCGACGCACGCCGCGCCGGCCAUCGGACUCGGCGCGCCGCUCGCGGGCGGCGCACCACUCGCACUGAACGCGGUGCCGGCUCCGGUGCCGGCCCCGGCCCCGACCCCGGCCCCGGCCGCAGCCACCGCAAACCCACGCGGGGUGCUCACGCAGUCGCUCGAGCGCCAGUCCAUGGCCGAGAUUCAGGAACGAAUUAAUUCGGCCUACACGAUCGACAUCUUCACGAUGCAGCCCAAGAGCUGCCGUCUGCAGAUCAACCCCCCGACGCUGCCGUUCCGUCGCUCGGUCCGUAUUACCGACGGCGUCGUGAUGCACAUCAAGCCGGCCGCCGACAAGGAUACCCGCACGGUAAACGCCGCGCGCCUUAUUCUUCUUACCGAUCUCGUGCUCAUCGGCGAGGACGUCGUCACACCGCCCAACCAGGCACCGACUAAGCAGGACAUCUGGCUCAUGUUUCCCCCGCUGGCUGGCAAGUUUGUCGACGUGCAAAGCUAUGGCGCGCCGAACGAACACGCGAUCCGCGUCGAGAUUAUGAAACGCGCCGAGCUUCUCGUGUACCUACCGAACGAGGAGCGCAAGCAGGCGUGGAUCCGCGAGCUCACCGCAUGCCGCCAGUUUGGUAUGCAGCGCACGCCAUCGUCGCAGAGCAAGUCGCCGCAACGCUCCGCCAGCCAGUCGAGCGCACACACACCGCAGCGCUCGGGCAGCGUGAGCACCGCGCCGCCCGUGCCGAGCCCGCAGGCUGCGCAGCCGGUGCAAGCGCCGCCUGCUGCUGCACAGACGCAGCCGCGGCCGCUGAUGCAGUCGCUCGCACCCCGCAGCGCGCCGCCGCCCGGGCCGCAGAGCCCCAUGGCGGGCCCGAUGCCGGGCGCGCUGCCCGGCGCGUUGGGCGGACCCAGCCCCUUGUCGAGCGUGCCGAAUGCGCCGCCGAACGCGCCGCCGAACGCGCCGCCGAACGCGCUGGCCCCGCUGUCGGGUGCGCCGGGUGCAUCGACAGGCGCCGGUGGUCCGACCGCCGCGGCGCUCCCGGCGCCUCUCGCGGGGAUGGGUGCGCCGUCGCUCGGCCCCUUGUCGCAGGCCGCGAGCCCGCCGUCGGCGCUUGCGCCGUCGAUCGGGAUGGCUUCGCGUCCAGGCGGCCGCACGAACCUCCCCCCCCUUCUUCUCCCUACGCAAGCGCCGAGCGACAUACUCCCCGGCGUCCCGGUGGCAGAGCAGGAUUCGGGCCUGGUCUCUCCCCCCCUGAACAGCGCGCACCUGACGCGCGAGAGUUCGCUGAACUCGAUCGAAUCCUUCCCCCGCGUCGCCGGGCGCCGCAUGGAGUCGCCCGACGGCCGCGGUCCCUCGCCCCUGUCGCCCGGGUCGCCGUCGGUGUCGCCUACGCGCACCGUCUUUGGCAAGGCUGCGGCGACGCCCCUCAACAACGAGGACCGCCAGCGCAUGGUCUCCUCACCCCUUUCUCAGCGCAUGCCCCCCCAGCCCCUUGGCUCGCAGGCCAAUGCGGCCCCCCGCCGCCCGUCCGAGCCAAACCUGGGCCUGGUCGGCGUCAAGUCGCCUGCGCGCUCGCAGAGCCAGCCGCGUCUUGAUGGUGUCGGUAGCGCCAAGCCUCCCUCGCAGAUGCUACUCGAAGGCGGCCGCCAAAGCACGCCCGAAUGGCUGCACACCGACGACGCUCCCCGCCCCGCCACGGUGCAGGACGGGCGCCGUCCCUCGUUUAAUCUCUGUGCGCAAAUGCGCUGCAAAGUCUUUUUGAAGCAGAGCUACGCCCAGUGGAAGUCGCUGGGCUCAGCGCGCCUCCGUUUGUACCAUCUCAACCCUGCCGGCAUGAAUCAGCUGGUGGUGGAAAACGACAAGAAACUCAUCAUCUCGACUAUUGUCCUGCCCGACGCCGUGGAGCGCGUCGGAAAGACGGGUCUUGCCGUCGAGCUCUCUGACUCGGGACGUCUCACUGGCGUCGUAUACAUGCUGCAUAUGCGCUCGGAAGAGUCCGCCACCGGCCUCUUCCAGCAACUCCUCGAGGGAUCCUCGCGCACGACGCUCCCGAGCCCCGUCGCUCCAUAG